AUGGUAGAGGAGCCACGAUACAUACUGUGGGUGCUGAAAAUGAUUAUAGGGAUAUUGACCUUGAUAUUAUCGUUCGGAUACACUUUUGCUCCAGUCAUAAAUUCACAUUUGCACCCGCGUACUCCGAAACUACAAAAAACAGGACACAUUAAUCCUAUGAAUGCUGCUGUAGCUACUUGUAUAAUAACGUUGUCGGCAAUAACCUCAAUUGAUUCAAUCAUACGGAAUGCGUUUACUAUUGUGCUUGCUACGCCGCCACCGAAACGGUUUAUUGAAACUAUUAAAUCGAUGGUGAUUCAUCGGCGACCGUUGAAUAAUCUCAUUUGUGAUCGUGGAGUUAAUAGAGAUGACGGAACUGAUGUGACUAUCACGAAAAUCACAUCUGGAAUAUCCAUCGCUAUACAGUAG